AUGUCAGGAGUAGGCGCCAACCCCAACCCGGACGACCUGGAGCCCGAGCACACCGAAGGCUUCAAAGUCGGUGAGAAGAAGACGAUUGAGGAAUAUCAGAACUUGGACGCCAACGAUGAAUCCCUCCGCAAAUGGAAACAGUCACUCGGCCUAGGCACCGGCUCCGACCUCAGCGACCCCGUAAGUCCUCCCAACCACACCAAGCCUCUGCUCUGCCAUCGACUCCUGCUUACCCGCAGGUCCAAGAAUGACAAACGCCGCGUCAUCAUCCUCUCCCUGGGCCUCGAAGUCGCCGGUCGAAGCGACAUCGUCAUCGACCUCUCCCAACCUGGCGCCCUCGAGGACCUCAACAAGCACCCCUUCACCAUCAAAGAAGGCGCCACCUUCCGCAUGAAGGCGCGUUUCAAGGUGCAGCAUCAGAUCUGCAGCGGGAUGAAGUAUGUGCAGGUGGUGUCGCGGAUGGGGGUGAAGAAUAAGAUGCAGGAGAUGAUCGGCUCUUAUUCCCCCAACACGACCGAUAAGCCCGAGUAUGAGAAGAAGUUCGAGACCGAGACCGCCCCCUCGGGCAUGCUAGGCCGCGGGCACUACGAAGCCGUCUCCAAGUUCGUCGACGACGACAACCAGACGCACCUGCAAUUCAAGUGGGCGUUUGACAUUAAGAAGGACUGGUAG